AAAGGAAGCGGAAAUAAGCGGCAGACCUUACGCUAGCAGCUCGAUUUUUUUUUUUAGGCUUCUCGAAACAGACAAGCGAGCGAGCGAGCGAGCGUUCCCUGCCACCCCUGACAUCGCCUCAGCGCCGCUUUCCGAAGAGAAAACGGGGCGUGGAUCGUGACACACCGGGGGUAAAUUCGUUCUCUUUGCGGGAUCUGUACGGAUUAAACCCAUCGGUGACGGGCUGACACCUGUAUGUGAGCUCCUCGCCCAGAGCCGCGGGUCACAGACGGGAGGAGAGACUCGUAUCAUCCUCAUCAGCAGCAGCAGCAGCAGCAGACGAAGAAGAAGAAGAAGCUUGUUUCUCUUCAGAGCCGCAGCACUUUGUCCACACACGCGCACACGAGCACGCACACGCCAACAUGGAGGCCGUAGCCAAAUACGAUUUCAAAGCCACCGCGGACGACGAACUGAGCUUCAAGCGCGGGGAAAUCCUUAAGGUAUUAAAUGAAGAAUGUGAUCAGAACUGGUACAAGGCGGAGCUAAAUGGAAAAGAUGGCUUCAUUCCCAAGAACUACAUAGAGAUGAAGCCCCAUCCGUGGUUCUUCGGAAAGAUUCCCCGGGCCAAAGCAGAGGAGAUGCUGAACAAACAGAGGCACGACGGAGCCUUCCUGAUCAGAGAGAGCGAGAGCGCCCCGGGGGACUUCUCCCUCUCCGUCAAGUUCGGAAACGACGUUCAGCAUUUCAAAGUCCUCCGCGACGGCGCCGGUAAAUAUUUCCUGUGGGUGGUGAAGUUUAACUCCCUGAACGAGCUGGUGGACUAUCACCGGACCACCUCCGUGUCCCGCAACCAGCAGAUCUUCCUGAGGGACAUCGAGCAGCAGCAUGUCCACCAGCAUCCGACAUACGUGCAGGCGCUCUUCGACUUCGACCCGCAGGAGGAGGGCGAGCUGGGCUUCCGGCGCGGAGACUUCAUCCAGGUCCUGGACAACUCAGACCCCAACUGGUGGAAGGGAGGCUGCCACGGCCAGACGGGCAUGUUCCCCCGCAACUACGUCACGCCCAUCAUCCGGAACAUGUAACCACGGAAACGCCAACAACUAACAACAACAACAACAACAACACCGCCAACCAUCUGAUCUAUUCUGCGACCAUCCAUGAUCUUCAGCAUCUCCACCACCUCCGCAUCCUCCUCCUCCUCCUCCAGCCCCUGAUGCCCUCACGCCCGAACGCAGGAGAAUCAGGGAGGACCGUGGGUGGCAGCUGAGAGAAUGAACCUUUUUUUUGCUGAGAAUGCUCCCCCCUCACCCCCCAAAAAAAAAAACCCUGACCUGGCGAGGACUCCGUGAGGGAAGAACCACGACCCUCCACUUCGCAACAUUCUGCCUUUCCUCUGCCCUUUUUCUGUUCCUUUUUGCUGCAUGUUUUAAUCACCUAAAACAAAAACGCCUACCAGUUUUAACGUAUAAAAAUCAAAAAAAAAAAAUCAAAAAAAGAAGAAAUGGUUUUUAAAAAAUUGUAGAGGAAAAAACUGAUGCCAUUUACCGCAAGUUUCCAUGUCUGAGAUCAUUGGCACGUGAGCAUUGUACAAUAAAUCACCUAUAGAGAGAAUCCAUUUUUUAAGAAUAUAUAUUAUAUAUUUGUAUGUGUUUGUCUGUUUUACCUCUCAUCGCAAAUUGUAUUUUUUUUUUCAUUUGUAAAUUAUGUUUAAUCUUUUGUUAGACCUUGUAGCCAUGUGCUGAACUGUCCUGUUUUGUUUUUCUUUUAAAUUUUUUUUUAGAAUUUAUCCAAGGCCUCUCUACGGUGACCUGGAAGGACAAGUCACAGCGACAAAUCGGAAGAAAAGUCGUGAAGAAUCGUUACGCCAAAAUGCCAAAAUUGAAAAGUUAUGCAACAAGAAUUUGGGAGAUGAGUAUUAAAAAAAAACGACCGCAAACUUGUGACUUGUCCUUCGAGGGUCGCCAUACCUCUCAGUUCCAGCGCAUGACAUUUCAAGUAGUCGCUACAAACCGACGUUUUUGAGGGAAAUCAUAACAAAAAACAAAAAAAACGAUGGACACGUUCAAAUCCAGGAAGACGAGAAAGAAGAGCCAGCACUCAGCUAGCAUCGAGCCAUGGACGCUGUCACGCCCCAAGUCCCACCACUUUUCUUUUUCUCCAAAACCAAUGUAUUUAUUCAGCCGUUUGUACUCGGGCAGUGAAUGUAGCUGACUGGCGUUUAACGUGAGGGACACGCGGUCGGAGAACUGAUUUUUCAAAAUGACAUGCUGAAAAACCCCCCGCGCAAGUUGAGAAAUGUACACGUAGGAAAUUACGGAAAACGAUCGGCAAGGGGUCAUCGAAGCCUACAUCGCGCAUGCAUCCGCUCUCCCCGGCAUCACCCGUGGCACACAUGGACAAAUCGGAAAAAAGCAAGAUUGUCUUUCGAGAGAUCAGCUUCAACAAUGUACAAAUGUUUUGUUCUCAAUUGUUUUGUGUAUCGUGUGGUGUGUGUGGUCAAGCACUUUUUCAAGUCAUUUUUCACUCCUGGGGUUGGUUUGGCAAUUGAGUUCGACUGGGUUAGUAGUAAAAUGUGUCCACACUAGCAUGUUUUUACGCCACUUAAUGGAUGUGUCACGAAUUUUGGGCUUCUGGUCGUUGCGUAAUGCAUACUGGGAAGGAUUUUCAGAAAAAGUGAGCAUCAAACCUUGACAAAGCCGAACUUUUCAAGUCUUCUGAACCAUAUCGCUUUUGUUUCUGGUUCUGAUAUCGAAAUAUUUUAGUUUUGGGAUUCAGACAUCGUAAUUGUGUGGUUGUUGGACGUCCUAACAGUGGAAAACGGCUCGAGAAAUUUGUUUGCGAACUUCAUAACUGCAAAAGUGAAUCAGAUGUGUGUGACUGCAAAUCUCUGUUCAAACUGUUUCCCUUCCCAACGGAAUUGAAAAAUAGUGAAAGGCGAUGGAUCCACUGGAAGGACAAAAAAUCAAACAUUUGGCUGCCUAAAUCAUCCCAAGUUUGCGGCGAACAUUUUGUAUGUGGAGCUCCAACAAAGCAAAACCCCGAUUCCUCGCUCAACUUUGGUUAUGAAUUUAAAAAAGUCAUCGCCAAAGCGAAAGGCACCAGCUGUUCACCAAGAAACACCUUCCACUGCAAAGAGACCAAGACGUGAUGUUGCUGUAAAACCACAAGAACAAGAAAGUGCAGCUCAGUCUGUUUGUCUUCUGCACCUCUCGCUUAACAAACGGGAUCCCACUUUGUUGUCGCUCCACAUACAAAAUGUUCGCUUUUUCAUCCUUUCUGUGGAUCAAUCCUGUCCAUCGUCUUCACCUUUCACUGUUUUUUCAAUUCUGUUGGGAAGAGAAACAGUUAGAACAGAGGUUUGCAGUCACACAGAUCUGAUUCCCUUUUGCAUUUAUGGAGUUCACAAACUUCCGAAGCCCGUUUCUCCAGCCGUUUUCCACUGUUAGAACAUCAACCACACGAUUACGAUGUCCGAAUCCCAAAACUAAAAUGUGACAAUAUCAGAACCAGAAACAAAAGCCAUAUGGUUCAAAAGACUUGAAAAGAUCGGCUUUGUCAAUAAACAAAUCCCAGAAAUUGGAAAUCAAACAUGGCGAUUUGAGGCUCGCUUUUUCGGAAAAUCCUUCCCAGUAUGCAUUGCACGAUGGCCGGAAGUCCAAAAUUUGUGAUGCAUCUAUUAUUUGCUGAGUUGUUUUUUUUUUUGUAGUAGUAAUUUCAGGAAAUUACUUUUAUUUUGGGAAAUGAAACUUGAACGUGACGAUUGUAUUCACUACCCUAAUUGGUUGUCGAUGGAAAUAUUGUUCCCUUAUCCGUGAAAAAUCAUUUGAAUGUACUGUAAUGUUAUGUUAACCAAACAAGAAUAUAUUUUUAUUGAAACCUGACUAGUGUGGACAACUUUUUGGAAUAAAGUUUGAAUCAUGUUGACUGAUUUCAAGUGAUCAAGUUGAGAUUUUAUUUGGUUACUUAAACCUAUUACAAAGGUUCACUUUUUAAUCAAAAUACCUUUUCAUUCUAUCAUAAAUGUAAUAUUUAAUUGUGUCAUGUAAUAAUUCAUUUUGGGGACACACUAGCAGAGUGGUUAACGCCCCAGCAUCAAGUGUAGAUGAGUUGUUUCGAAAAAUUAAUGUGAAAGGGUAAUGGACAAGGAUGCCCACUGUCUCCAUUCAAGUUUAACCUACAAAUUUGUUUUUAAAUUAAAGCUCUAAGUUAGAUUUCAUCAGAAUCCGUGUAUCAUUUGUUCAUUUGUUUUUUAAAUUAAAACCAAAAAUAAAAAAUAAAAAAACACAA